AAAAAAUUAAAAAAAUUUCUUCUUAUUUUUUAUUUUUAUUAUUAUUUUUUAAUUGUAGCAUUAAUUGACCAAUCGGUCCAAAGUUUUUCUGAUCUGUGACUCUCUUCAUGAUCUUCCUCUCUCCUUCUUCUUCUUCUUCUUCUUCUUCUUCUUUUUCUUCUUCUUCUUCUUCUUCUUCUUCUUCUUCUUCUUCUUCUUCUUCUUCUUCUUCAUCCUCUUCCUCUCUACUAAGCUACCUACUACUUGCUUUACUAAAACCCUAACUCUCUCUAUUUUCAUCUCUGAUUCAAUCCCCAUUUCCAAUGCCUCAUUGCUGAUCUGAUCCCACAUUUACUCUCUAUGUGAUUGCGACUAUUGGAACGCUUAGAUGAAGUUGCAUCUCUGAUUUACAUUUGGGUGUUGAGCGGUUCUUUUUGAAAUCUCUUGCACUUGCCUUUUCUUGAAAUAUCUUGAUCUGAAGUUACCUUCUUGACACUGUAGACAAUGGUGGUGAAUUUCCAGUACACUGUUCUUGUGUUCUUGGCGAUUCUUUUUGUUGGAAAGGCAGAAAUUUACAUUGUCACCAUUGACGGAGAACCGAUUGUAAGUUACAAAGGUGAUCUUGAUGGGUUUGAAGCUACAGCAAUGGAAUCUGAUGAAAAGAUCGACCCUACCAGUGAAAUCGUGACAUCAUAUGCUCGUCACCUCGAAAAUAAACAUGACAUGCUUCUUGGGAUGUUGUUUGAGAGAGGGUCCUUCAAGAAGCUCUAUAGUUAUAAACAUCUCAUCAAUGGAUUUGCUGUUGACAUCACACACGAACAGGCAGAGUCUCUAAGACGCACACCAAUCGUAAAAUCUGUUGAGAGGGACUGGAAAGUUCGAAAACUGACAACGCACACACCAGAGUUUUUGGGCCUUCCAACUGGCGUAUGGCCAACCGGUGGUGGCUUUGAUAGAGCUGGAGAAGACAUUGUGAUUGGAUUUGUGGACUCUGGGAUUUAUCCACAUCAUCCUAGUUUUGCAACAUACAAUACCGAACCUUUUGGGCCAUGCAUGAAGUAUAAAGGGAAAUGCGAAGUUGACCCCAACACUAAGAAGGAUUUCUGCAAUGGGAAGAUCGUUGGAGCCCGACAUUUUGCAGAAGCUGCUAAAGCUGCUGGGGCAUUUAAUCCAGAUAUUCAUUUUGCAUCUCCUUUGGAUGGUGAUGGACAUGGAAGCCAUACGGCAGCAAUUGCAGCUGGAAAUAAUGGAAUCCCUGUGAGAAUGCAUGGCUAUGAAUUUGGUAAAGCAAGUGGGAUGGCUCCACGUGCUAGAAUUGCUGUAUAUAAAGCUCUCUACAGAAUAUUUGGAGGAUUUGUUGCUGAUGUUGUUGCAGCCAUUGAUCAGGCUGUACAUGAUGGGGUUGAUAUUCUCAGUCUUUCAGUGGGCCCAAAUAGUCCUCCUGCAACUACCAAGAUCACAUAUUUAAACCCUUUUGAUGCGACCCUUCUUUCUGCCGUGAAGGCUGGUGUAUUUGUUGCACAGGCUGCUGGAAAUGGAGGUCCAUUUCCUAAAACUUUGGUGUCGUAUAGUCCAUGGAUAGCUACUGUGGCAGCUGCAAUUGAUGACAGAAGAUACAAAAACCAUCUGACACUUGGUAAUGGCAAAAUUUUGGCUGGACUUGGGCUAUCACCUGCUACACAUUUAAAUCGAACAUACACAUUGGUCGCAGCUAAUGAUGUUCUGUUAGAUUCUUCGGUGACGAAGUACAGCCCUUCAGACUGUCAAAAGCCUGAACUUCUAAACAAACACUUGGUUGAAGGAAAAGUACUUCUCUGUGGUUAUUCAUUCAGUUUUGUUGUUGGUACUGCUUCAAUCAAAAAGGUCUCUCAAACAGCAAAAGCCCUUGGGGCGGCUGGCUUUGUUCUUGCUGUUGAAAACAUUUCUCCAGGAGCAAAGUUUGACCCCGUUCCUGUUGGCAUUCCUGGUAUUCUUAUAACUGAUGUCAGCAAGUCAAUGGAUCUUAUAGACUACUACAACACCUCUACACCCAGAGACUGGACGGGUCGGGUCAAGAGCUUUGAUGCUGUGGGUAGCAUUGGGGAUGGUUUGAUGCCAUUAUUAUACAAAUCAGCUCCUGAGGUAGCAUUGUUUUCUGCUCGUGGGCCAAAUAUUAGAGAUUUUAGCUUUCAGGAUGCAGACCUUCUCAAACCAGAUAUUCUAGCUCCUGGUUCUUUGAUUUGGGCUGCUUGGUCUCCAAAUGGAACGGACGAACCAAACUAUGUUGGAGAGGGAUUUGCUAUGAUUUCUGGAACUAGCAUGGCAGCGCCACAUAUAGCUGGCAUAGCAGCUCUUGUUAAACAGAAGCAUCCAAACUGGAGUCCUGCAGCCAUCAAAUCGGCUUUAAUGACAACAUCAACAACAAUGGACAGAGGAGGAAGACCUCUUAAAGCACAACAAUUUUCCGAAACAGAAGCCAUGAAAUUGGUAACUGCAACACCUUUCGAUUAUGGUAGUGGUCAUGUAAACCCAAGAGCAGCAUUGGAUCCGGGACUCAUAUUUGAUGCAGGUUAUGAAGAUUACUUGGGAUUUUUGUGCACAACGGCGGGCAUCAAUGUUCACGAGAUACACAACUAUACUAACUCACCUUGCAACUUCACCAUGGGACAUCCCUGGAAUCUCAACAGCCCAUCAAUUACCAUCGCCCAUCUCGUGGGAACUAAAAUCGUUACUCGCACUGUAACAAAUGUUGCCGAAGAAGAAACCUAUACAAUUACUGCAAGAAUGGACCCUGCUGUUGCCAUAGAAGUGAAUCCUCCAGCAAUGACUUUACGGUCUGGUUCAUCAAGAAAAUUUUCAGUAACUCUCACAGCUCGAUCACUGACAGGAACAUAUAGUUUUGGCCAAGUUCUACUUAAGGGCAGUAGAGGACACAAGGUUAGAAUACCUGUUGUAGCCAUGGGAUACCAACGAUGAGUUUGGUUUUGGUUAAUUCAGAUAAAGAAAAAGAGUCCUCAUUCUCUCCUGGCUUUGUUGCAAUGAGUGUAUUUGAAGGAGCAUUAGAGAUUUAGAAAAAUGGGAUUGUGGCUUUUGAAAUGGAUCCUUGAAUGCCAUCACUGGUGCUUUUGCUCCUAUACUGAUAUGUACAUGUUCUAAUCUAAAUAUAGAUCGAGUUUUUCUUGUCAUAUCAAACUCACACUUGUACAAUAAAUGAUCUUAGUGAUAACUUACGAGCAAGUUGUUAUGGAUCGUUUAGAAGAUCAUCUUCUUAUGCAAACUACUUCUCAAUCCAUUUUGAUUUGGUAUA